CAUGAUGCGCGGUACCAGAUCUCAGUCCCGAUGCCAAAGCCAGAACACCAUCAACUUUCCAAAGCGGAAAUCCACCAGAAUUCUGCAUAAAGAACUGGAGAAUGAGAGAACUUCAGAGCCGGACCCAGGGCCUCUGGCUGCCUCACCACGUUCCUCCCGGAAACAGGUCUUGCCUCUGAGCCCUCGGAAGCGCCUAGGAGAAGACAACCUCUGCAACAUUACCCAGGUGUUGACUUGCUCCCCAACUAAGCAGAGUAAGAAAGAAAACAGCUUCUCGCCUGCCUCUCCCAAGGGACAACGUUUACUCUUCAGCGAACAAUCAACUACCAAGACUCCAACGAAGAGUACCGGUUUAGUCCCUUCUCCCCUCCGUAGGUGCCAGGAGACCCCCAGGGCUCCGCUGCAGGGGCACCCUAAAAAGAAGUUGGUGUGUACUCGUCUCUUUAAGCAAGAAGGCACCUGUUACCAGCAAGCAAAGAGUCUCCUGCACACCGCUGUUCCAGACCAACUGCACGCAAGAGAGAAGGAGACCCAGUUCCUACAUCAAUUCCUCAAGGAGCACGUCUGUGGAGAGAAGCCUGGAAGUCUUUACAUCUCUGGAGCCCCAGGCACGGGGAAGACCGCCUGCCUCGGCAGGGCCUUGCUGGACUUGAAGGGGGACCUUGCAGGGAGCAAGAUCAUUGUCCUGAACUGCAUGGCUCUGCAGACCUCCCAUGCUGUUUUCCCGGCGGUCGCUGAGCAGCUGGGCCAGGCAGAAACAGACAAAACAGCCCGGAGCGACAUUAUCAGGAAGCUGGAGAAGCGGUUGACGGCAAAAAGUGGCCCCAUGGUUUUGGUUGUGCUGGAUGAGAUUGAUCAGCUGGACAGCAAGGGGCAAGAUGUGCUCUACACGGUGUUUGAGUGGCCCUCCCUCCCCAACUCCCGGCUCAUUCUCAUUGGGAUAGCCAAUGCUCUGGAUCUCACCGAUCGCAUCCUGCCCCGCUUGCAGGCUCGCCCCAAGUGCCGGCCGCAGCUGCUCAACUUUCCCCCAUACAGCAAAGACCAGCUUGCUUUCAUCCUUGAAGAACGCUUGAAGCAGGUGUCGGGGGAGCAGGUGCUUGACCGCGCCGCCAUCCAGUUCUGCGCUCGGAAAGUCUCGGCUGUCUCCGGGGAUGCUCGCAAAGCGCUGGACAUCUGCAGGAGGGCCAUUGAGAUUGUGGAAUCUGACGUGAAGAGCCAAACCGUCCUUAAACCACUGUCUGACUGCAAAUCAUCUUCAAAACCAGCAACAGAUUCUCCAGUGCCCAAACGAGUGGGGCUGCUCCACAUAUCCCAGGUGGUCUCUGAAGUGUACGGCAACCGGAUGGCAGCUGGUAAUAGCUGUGGAGAUGCUGAUUCCUUCCCGUUGCAACAGAAGAUCUUGGUCUGUUCUCUGCUGCUUCUGGCUAAGCAACAGAAAGCAAAGGAGGUGACCCUGGGAAAGCUCCACGAGGCGUACAGCAAGGUUUGCAGGAAGCAGCAAGUGGGAGCUCUUGACCAAUCAGAAUGUCUCUCGCUGUCAUCACUCUUGGAAUCUAGAGGCAUUCUGGGGCUGAAGAAGGCGAAAGAUGUGCGGCUGACCAAGGUUUUCCUGAAAAUAGAAGAAAAGGAUAUAGAGCAUGCCCUCAAAGACAGCGUCCUGGUUGGAAGCAUCCUGGUUGGGGGGCUUUAA